GAUUGGUUAUAUCGCCAGCCACCCGGAAAUCAAAUUUAGAAAUGUUUAUGUCGGAGGUUUUGGCUUAAAUCCAGAGGUUUGGCUUUGCCUGUGAUGAUCAGGCAUGGAGUCCGAGCGCACAUCGGCUUAUGGCAAUAACACAAAUGCUGAUUUUACACAAAGCACUGAUGAUGACCCUCUCAUUGAUGGACCACUUGUAUCCCAAGAUGCACUUGAGUCAGUAAUCAAGAGAGAGUUUCAGAAGUUACCCACUCAUUGGGCAUUCAGUGUCCUCUCGUUUUUUCAUGUGGUUUAUGUGGCAUUGUGUAUUGCAGUCACAAUAUUUUGCUGGAUAUCUGAUGAGCACACUCCUGAGUGUACUGCAGCAUUGCAGGGGAUUGACUCCAAGACUGUGGUGUUGUUGGGGAAAGUUGCACUCUGGGUGAUGGUCUUUAUAUUUGACAGAUUUGUCCAGCGUCAACAUAGCGCUGUGAGACGAAGAGGUUACAUGGAAUUCUACAGGUUGACCCGAGGAAUAAAAAACCUUCCUCUGCUCAUUCACUCUGCAGGUAAUGCAUUGAUCCUGACUGUAAUUGCUCCAUCCUCUCUGCUGGAUGCAAGGGUGAAGAAUCUGUCUGUAUAUCUCCUCUUGUCCAUCAUCUGUCUGGAACUACUGCUGUCAGUUAUAUGCUUGAUUAUAUAUACAGUACAUGUGAGGAAAUUUAAUAGCAAGAAGGCCCAUCCUGAUGUGACUGAACAGGAGCGAUCUCAUGGCUGCUCCAGCGAAGUGCAUAACGAGACAGGCUUCAGGGACGGCUCCAGUCUGGAGGAUGUGGUGGAAAAGCAGGCGGACCUGAUUGAUUAUCUGAAACAGCACAACAGCGUUCUGAGCAGGAGGAUCCUCACGCUGACCGGCCAGUAGAUCAGAGCCUGACACGUGCAAACAGAGAGAGUGACUCAGGACUGCUUGUGAUGGGGUCUGAAGCGUUGCGUGCGAGUGUGUAUGUGUGUGUGUGAGCGUGUCUAUCUUGACUGGCAUCGGCAGCCAUGGCUCACUGAUCAGAAGACUUUUUGUGGGAAACGAUCCUUGGUAACCUCUCUAACGACGCUCUCGGGUUUCCAUGACGACAAGUCUGAGUAGACAAUGGCCACAAUUGGGAAGUCAAAAGCCCUCUGCUCCAGAAAUGUUCAAUAAAGAUGCUCAUGAGUUUUUGGGAUAGCGUGAUCUUAUCAAACCAAAAGCUUUAUCGUGCGACUUCCGUUUCUCUGUGUGCAUGUUGGUAUGUGAGAGCAUGAACAAGAUGGUUACAGCGGUAGAGUUAAUUGUGUACUUAAUUUGACUUAUUUUGUUCAUGAUUUCUAUUUUUUUGCUUUGUGGGUCUGUGCUGCUUUUAUGUGUAAUAAAUUGUGUUGGAAGGAUGUUUCUGGUGGUGUGUAGGAGCCAUUCAGAAAACAUUAAAUACUGACCUUUUUAGUCCUGUUGCUUAAUCUCACAGAUGGUGUGAACUACUGUCUUUUUAUGUAAAAUAAUGUGGAUAAAAUGUUUUGAAACUUUUUGGAAUAAAGAUUAAUCUUCAAAUGGA